AGUGUUGCUGACGAUACUUGUAGACUCGGCGUUUCUUGCAUCAGAAACGAAACAGACUAUUUUUGCAUGGUAAUGUUGUGAGCAAACAGGUAGUAUACUGCAUAGUUCUCGUAUAUCGAGUUAAGAGAACAUAUUUUGAUAGUGGGCGAGGGGCAAUCUUGGGUUCGGUGCACAGGCAUGGCAACAGUCGAGAAUGAUCCGACGGCGAGCGAAGGCGGUGCCGCAGCAUUCUCGGUGGUCCACAGUCCUAUCUGGAGCGAAUAUCAACUUCGAAAGUAUCCUUUCCAGACCAGACCGAUACCCAGACUCUCUCACACGGAUCCUAGAGCGGAGAUGCUCAUAAACAACGAGGAACCAUUGGUUUUAACAGACACCAAUCUAGUGUAUCCAGCUCUGAAGUGGGACAUCCCGUACCUGCAGGAGAACAUUGGGAGCGGGGACUUCUCUGUGUACAUCGCGGAAAACCACAAAUUCCUCUACUAUGACGAGAAGAAAAUGGCCAACUUUGAGAAUUUUUCACCCAAGUCUCGACGGAUAGACAUGAAAUUCUCUGAUUUUGUGGAAAAAAUGGAGAAAACGCAGAAAGAGGGAGGAGACGAGAGGGUGUAUCUGCAGCAGACCCUGAACGACACCGUGGGCAGGAAGAUCGUAGUGGACUUCUUGGGUUUCAACUGGAACUGGAUCAACAAGCAGCAGAGCAAAAGGAACUGGGGCCAGCUCACCUCCAACCUGCUCCUCAUAGGCAUGGAGGGCAAUGUAACGCCAGCCCAUUACGACGAGCAGCAGAACUUCUUUGCACAAAUCAAAGGUUACAAAAGGUGUAUCCUCUUCCCUCCGGACCAGUUUGAGUGUCUCUACCCCUUCCCUGUUCACCACCCCUGUGACAGACAGAGCCAGGUUGACUUUGAGAACCCUGACUAUGAGAGGUUUCCCAACUUCAAGAAUGUAGUGGGCUAUGAGACUGUGGUGGGCCCCGGAGAUGUUCUUUACAUCCCCAUGUACUGGUGGCACCACAUUGAGUCCCUGCUGAGUGGUGGCGUGACCAUCACUGUCAACUUCUGGUACAAGGGUGCGCCAACGCCCAAGAGGAUAGAAAACCCAUUGAGGGCCCAUCAGAAGGUGGCGAUCAUGAGAAACAUAGAGAAGAUGCUGGGGGAGGCACUGGGAGACCCACACGAGGUUGGUCCUUUACUGAAUAUGAUGAUCCAGGGCCGAUAUGACCAGGGAUUCAGCUAGAGGUACUGCCGCAGAACUGUUGCCAAACUGCUGCUUGUGUGUGCGUUCAGUACACACACCUGAUUUGUGUGUAUGUAGGCGAGCUUGUGUGUACGUAUACGUGUGUGCGCAUUCGGACUGUUAAGCUAGCAGUGCACGGCAACACUGAGUCACCUUGAGAGGCGUGGCUUUCUGCUCUGCUUUGAUUGACUGGGAACCAUAGUCAUCGCAACUUCCGCCACCAGUGGGAAGACAAUAGUGGACGGACAGACUAGCCAUGGACACCCACAUGCAGUAUGCUGUCAGUGAUACUCAGUUGAUGAACUGUGUAAACUACAUAAUGUAGAGUUGUGGUAUUUGUGUGUGAGCUGUGUAGGUAUCAAAGAAUAACCCCCAAAUACCCUCAAGGUGGAAGUUGCCCCUAAUUAAUCGCUGAUGCAGGGUAAGAUAAUAGACAUUUUAUCAUCGCACCCAAUAGGAUUGGGGUUGGGAUAAUUUGAUCCUAGAUCAAUAGUUAAUAGGGCAAUAGAUCAAUAAUCAGAUAGUUGGAGGCAAUUUCUACCUUGAGCACUUGAACCACUAAAGGGUGUGUAACCAACCAGAAACUCCCAUCCUCUAUUCAACCCCACCCCCUGUCAUUACAGUUUGUAACCAUAGCUACACAACUGUAGCUUGAUUUAUUAAAUACGAAUAGCUCCCCUCCGAUAUAACAUACACUCACCGGACAGUUUAUUAGGCACAAUCUGAAUUCUGGGCAUUCUACAAGGUGUCGGAAACGUUCCACUGGGAUGUUGGUCCCUGCUGACGCAAUGGCAUCACAUAGUUGCUGUAGAUUGGACGACGGUACAUUGAUGCUGUGAAACAGCAGCCCGUUCCAUCUCAUCCCAUAGAUGCUCUAUAGAGUUGAGGUCUGUGCAGGUACCUCAAAUAAACUGAACUCAUUGUCAUGUUCCAGGUGAUGUUUUUCCACUCCUCAACUGUCCAGUGUUGGUUAUCAUGUGUCCGCUGGAGCCGCUUCUUCUUGUUUUUAGCUGAUAGGAGUGGAACCUGGUCUGGUUGUCUGCUGCAAUAGCCUAUCCGUGACAAGGAUCGAGUUGUGCGUUCCAAGAUGCACUGCACCAUUAUUUGUCUGUCUGUGGCCCGCCUGUUAGCUUGCACGAAUCUUGCCAUUUCCUUCGACCUCUCAACGAGCUGUUUUCACUCACAGGACUGCUGCUGACUGGAUGUUUUUUUGUUUGUUGCACCAUUCUUGGUCAAUUCUAGACACUGUUGUAUGUGAAAAGCCCAGGAGGGCGGCCUUUCUGAGAUGCUGAAACCGGCGCGCCUGGCACCAACAAUCAUGCCAUGCUGAAAGUCACUGAGGUCACUUGUUUUGCCCAUUCUAACAUUCAAUCAAACAGUAACUGAAUACCUCGAUGUCUGCCUGCUUUAUAAAGCAAGCCAUGGCCACGUGACUCACUGUCUGUAGGAGCGAUCCAUAUUUGUGAACGGGGUGGUGUACCUAAUAAACUGUCCGGUGAGUGUAUCAACUGAAUACAUUUCUAGUACCUAAAGUAGGCCUAUUUAUUUUGUGACAAACUUCUAAAUUAAUUUGCUGCACGUUCACCCUGAAAGGGAUGAGUCAUAUUUUGGUUAUUCUGUUGAUUUAAUUGUUGACUGUUAGUCAGUAAGCUGACUUGUUUCUGUAUGGUAUUAUAGUUUUUGGGAGCGAUCAGCAAAAAACAAGUUAUACUGUGUUUUAUAAACACUGAAAGAGCUCUUGAUUGUGUGAUUGCCUGUACUUGAUUUAUUUAAUUUAAAUGAUUGCUGAACAUUUCUAUGUUAUAAGUGUGUGUUGUAUGAUGGUUUGUGUACGUUUAGGCAUAACUGAUUUUCUGUUGGUGUGUUUUGAAAUGUUUGUUACAAUACAUGGUACAUUUUAAGUCAA